AUGUAUCUAUCUAUCUAUCUAUCUAUCUAUCUUUAUAUAUCUUUGUUCAUCUAUCUUGCCAUUUUGACUUUUUCACGCUAUCUAUCUAUCUAUCUAUCUAUCUAUCUUUCUCAAUUUCUCCAUUAUCUAUCUAUCUAUCUAUCUCAAUUUCUCCAUUAUCUAUCUAUCUAUCUAUCUAUCUAUCUAUCUCAAUUUCUCCAUUAUCUAUCUAUCUAUCUAUCUAUCUCAAUUUCUUUCUUUCCUCUACUGCGUCUUAACCUAUCCAUCCAAACCUCUCUAUUUAUUAUCUUUCUUUCAGAAACCUGCCUUCACUUCCAAAUUCACUCUUUCCUUCUCUCGAGCCUUUACACUCGUGCCCUGCUCAUCCGUCACCUCCUCCUCUUCGGUCCGUUCGCCCGAACAGUCCAUUCUAACGACAUCGCGACUUGCAACUUCCAUUCAUCGUCUAUUGUUGCUGGUGCCUAUUAUGUGCAACAGCUAACCACUUUCGCCCUCAUUUCAAACUCAAUUUUCCGUUUAUUAUAG